CCUUCGCGAAGGAAACUCCGUGAAGUUCGCCACUCGCGGGAUGAAGUAGGCUGCGAUCAGUCGCUGGUGCUAUUUUUUCUGUGAUGGGGACCAGACUUUUUUUAGUGGUGAUUUGGAUGUGUGCGUGUGUCGCUUACGAGUAUGACUCGGGGAGCCCGGCUGGAUACAUGAGUGAUUGCCCAGGCAUGAAUGCAUCAACAGAGUUCACAGACAAAACCCGGCGCUCGCUCAGCGUCGUGAUCAUGGGACCGGCAGCAGGCUACAUCAGGAGUAGGGAGACCAAGUGCCGGCUCAGCGUGGCUGGAGCGGCCUGCGCGGCUCGCUGGCUGGACCUAAGGAAGCGGAGAACACAGGUGCUGAUAGCCGGGUACCUGGACGCCUCCUUCUCCCCCGUAGUGCGGUCAGUAGCCGGCGCGUAUCUGAACCUGGGCCGCAACGUUAUCCUGGUCGAGGUGUUCCCUCUGCUCAUCCGGACUUAUCCCAUGGCAGCGCGCAUCACGCGGCCACUGGGCAGGCUUCUCGGCGAGUUCUUGGCCGAGCUGACUGGCCGCGGUCUACCUCCGAGCCGACUGGAGAUAUCAGGCGGCAGUCUGGGAGCCCACAUCGCUUACUACGCCUCCGUCAAGUAUCGGGAACUGACGGGGAGAAAGCCUGCACGGCUCACGGGAUUGGACCCGGCCGGACCGUGUUUCCGCAACCUGCCACCAUGGGAGCGCUUCAAUGCGGGCGGAGCGGAGCGAGUUGACGCUCUGCACACGAAUAUAGACGGGUUCGGCAUCGCUCAUCCAAUGGGACACGUGGAUUUCUAUGCUAAUGGCGGUGAAUUCCAACCAUCAAUGGUAGGAGACUUCAUCAUGCCAUGCUUCCUACUCUGCAGCCACCUCCGCUCCGCCUUCUACUGGCUUCUAGCCUACGAUAACCCCGACAAAUUCAUUGCAGUCCGUUGCGACACUAUGCAACAGGCCCGCAAAGGAGACUGCUAUAAUAAACCUAUAGUGCACAACUUCUUAGGACCUAAGACUAACCAUAGCAAGCCAGGUAUAUACUACCUGCCUACGUCUGAAAGAACGCCGUAUUAUUUGGGGGAAGCGGGGUUGAAGAAGAGGAGAUAUGGGCAUAAUGAUUAUUUAUUAAAGACGUCAGUGGAACCGGAGGGCGAUGUAAUGGUGUGACAAAUA